AGGAAACGGCCCAUCAUGUUGAGAAGGGCAGAAGGCCCUGGCGGGCUUUGUUCCACUCCACCUUGGCCGCUGUUCUCCUCACCGCGCGUGCGCUCUCUCUCUCUCUCUCUCGGCGCCGACUCGGCUACCGCCGCCGCCCUACGGAAGCUUCCCAGGUCUUCGUCAGGCUUUUCUCCGGCAACGAGCACCCUGGAAAUGCAGGUGGAUACGGAGCCCUUUCCGAUGAACAUGAUUGACUUCGAGGGCAAGAAAGUCCUGGUUCGGCCAAAUACAGCCGAUAAAGGCAAAGGCAAGGAAACAAUCAUCGGCAAUGCUAAAAAGGCCGAUGGGGAUUGUAAAAUUUCUUGCAGGAAAGUGGUGUCCGAGAAGACUCCCGAUGGAGGGGAGACCCUGAAGGUGACCAUCACAGCCUCCAGUACUGGGGGGCAAGCGCAGACAGGGAGACAGAUGCAGGAGCCCGUGCUGCGUAUCCCGGACGGUCCGACACGUAGGCGCGGACGGUCCGGGACCCCACCGGACGGUCCGGAGAGCUCCAGCAGACGGUCCGGCCAUGCUCAGGACUCGCAGCGACCACGUACCUUCAAACCACGACGACCAGAGAUAGCACAGAUCGUGAACCUGCACACCUCAACGAUAGAUGGCGGGGUUCAGAAGCCUUGCACCCAAGACCAGGAACCUGGUGGUGGCCGGGGGACUGUCUGCCUUCGUGCUCGGGGUCUACUACUACACCAUGAGAGCGGUGGGAGGCACGGACGAGCUCCAGGUGGCGAUCGACAAGUUUGAGGAGACGAAGAAGCAGGAUGCCGCUAGAAACUCUAGCUCCAGCGCAGGAGGAUCAUAAUUCAUAAACACGCGGACACGCCCUGGAUCUGCUGCAGGCUGACAUGGUAGUGGUACGACGACAGUCACGUCGCUCAGUAGGCCAUGACCAUGCGUUCUGCUUGUACUGUGGAAUAAAUAAAUGAUGGGUUAUGGUACUCUUUAUCUGGUAGAGCUUGGCAGCUUGUGCUUUGAGGGAUGUAAUAGUGGCCCCGAUGUUUGUAUUUUCCUGGCGAGCCGGAAAUUUUGUGGAGUAUUUGCUUGUGUGACUCCCUUUUCUCUA